AGAGCUGUCUUCUCCACGCUGUUUAGAAGAAGGUAGAAAAAAAUAUUUUUGUUGCUCAGUUAAAGCAUGGAGAAAAAAGGCUCAAACUCAUCCAGAAAGAAACCCAAAUCCACGCAGAUGGAAGACGGCGCCGAUCCCGUCAAAAACUUCGAGAAAUGGAAGAAAAAGUACAACAAAACGAAAGCACGAGUGAAGCGAGAGAGGGCGCAGAAAAAGAAGCCCGAGUGGCAGGUUGAACGAGAGUACAUCGACAGGCUUGUUAGCAGGUACGGCGACAUAAAAUCCAAGGAGGCUGUCAAGUUCUCAGACUUCCCCAUUUCAAAGAAAACCUUGUUAGGACUUCAGGAGGCUCAGUACAGACAGCCCACUGAAAUCCAGAGACAGACCAUCAGCUUCGCUUUGCAAGGGAAAGAUGUCCUCGGCGCGGCUAAGACCGGCUCUGGGAAGACAUUAGCCUUUCUCAUACCGGUGCUGGAGUGCCUGUACCGACAGCAGUGGAGCUCCAUGGACGGCCUCGGUGCUCUCAUUAUAUCCCCCACCAGAGAGCUCGCCUACCAGACCUUCGAGGUCCUCCGCAAGGUGGGCAAGAACCACGAGUUCUCCGCGGGGCUAAUCAUCGGUGGGAAAGACCUCAAGAGCGAGUCGGAGAAGAUCCACCACACCAACAUCGUCAUCUGCACCCCGGGCCGGCUGCUCCAGCACAUGGACGAGACGGCUACUUUCCACGCCUCCAGCCUCCACAUGCUGGUCCUGGAUGAGGCGGACCGCAUCUUGGACAUGGGCUUCGCGGAAACACUGAACGCCAUCGUGGAGAACCUCCCCAAAUCCCGGCAGACGCUGCUGUUCUCCGCCACGCAGACCAAGUCCGUCAAAGACCUGGCACGGCUCAGCCUGAAAGACCCGGAGUACGUGUGGGUUCACGAGAAGGCUAAGUUUAGCACGCCCGCCACGCUGGAGCAGAGCUACGUCGUGUGUGAGCUGCACCAGAAGGUCAACAUGCUCUACUCGUUCAUAAGGAGCCACCUGAAAAAGAAGAUCAUUGUGUUCUUUGCCUGCUGCAAGGAGGUGCAGUACCUGUUCCGGGUCCUCUGCCGCCUCAGACCCGGCAUACCCGUCCUGGCUUUGCAUGGCAAGCAGCAGCAGAUGAAGAGGGUGGAGGUCUACAAUGACUUCCUCAGGAAGCAGAACGCUGUGCUCUUCGCCACUGACAUAGCCGCCAGAGGCCUGGACUUUCCCGCUGUCAACUGGGUGCUGCAGUUUGACUGUCCAGAAGACGCAGACACUUACAUCCACAGGGUGGGCCGGACUGCCAGGUACAAGGAGGGGGGGGAGGCCCUGCUGCUGCUGCUUCCCUCGGAGGAGAAGGGCAUGGUCGGUCAGCUGCAGGAGAAGAAGGUUCCCAUCAAUAAGAUCCAGGUGAAUGCAGACAGAAUGCAGAAUGUCCAGCAGAAGCUGGAGGCCUUCCUGGCCCAGGAGAAGGAGCAGAAGGAGAGAGCUCAGAGGUGUUUUGUUUCCUACCUGCGCUCCGUCUACCUGAUGAAGAACAAAGAGGUGUUCGACGUAUUUAAACUCCAGAUUCAGGAGUAUGCGCUGUCUCUGGGCCUCGCCGUGGCUCCGAGGGUGCGCUUCUUAAAUAAAGCUCAGGCACAGAGGGCCGAGAAAGAAGGGCACAGAGAGAAGGAGAUGUCUGAAGAAGAGGAAGAGCUGAGGAGCUUUAAAGCCCAGAUGAGAGGAAGAGGUCCUCAUGAGGAAAGUCAGAGCUCAGAGUCAGAAGAUUCAAGUGAUGAUGAGGAAAGUGGUCAUGAAAAAGAGGUGAACCAGUCCAAGACACGACUACUGGGUGCAGACGAUGAUGAGGAGGAUGACGAUGAUCUAAGAGACUUGGACCUGCUCACAGUCAAAAGAAAGGAUGUCUUCAGUCUGACAGGGGACCAAGAGAGUCCAGAGGAACCUGCCACAAAUUCCAAGAAGAAAACAGAAAAAGAGACCAAGUUCAAAGAAGCCAAAAAGGUGCUGAAGAGAAACUUCCAAGUCAACACGAAAGUGACUUUCAAUGAAGCGGGGGCAGCUGUUCAGCUGUGGCCACCAGUCCAGAGGGCAGUGACUGGUGAAGAGGAGGAGGAGGAGGUGUCAGGUAUCAACGUGGAGAAGGCCAGGGAGAGGCUGAAACGAGAGGACCAGGAGUUUGACAAGCAGGAGUACAGCCGCAAAGUGAAAGCCAAACACAGAGAGAAGAGGCUGAAGGCGAAGGCAGCCAGGAGGGAGGCCAGCAAGCAGCAUGGACAAAAAUCUGAUGAGGAAGAGGAGGACGAGGUGAUUGCGUACCUGGCCAAUCACAGCGAAGACGAGUUUGACCCCAGCAUGCUGCCAGACCCUGACAAGCUGCACUCUGAGGAGGAGGAGGGUCAGAUAAGGUCAGCUAAACGGCAGAACAGUGAUGACAGCAGUGAUGAGGGAGAGAAGGAGCUCACAGCGAGGAAGAAAAUGAGGCAGCAGGGUGAUGAGCACACAGCCUUGGACACUGGUCUGUCUCUGGCUGAAGACGAGGAGUUAGUCUUACAUCUGCUGGGAGGACGCAGGUAGAGAAAGCAGGGGCUGGGGGCAUUUAGGGAAGUUUUACAAACAAGAACUCAUCAGUGAAAUAAAGUUUUAACAAGUCAGUAAAGGUUCCCUGUGGAGAACAGAAGUGACAUUUACAUUCAGUGUCACUCACCAGAAAGCUUUGUGAUGAAUGCGUUUCCUUUCUCAGAAAACAUUUGCAAAGCUGAUUUUGGAUCCUGCAUUGUUUACAUUCAUGUUUAGGACCAACGAGUCUUCCUCUGUCCUGCCUUGGUCAGUGCAUUGCUGAGUUUCUUGGCACAUUAUCGCCACCUGUAGGUCGGUGGAAUAAUGUGAUACCAUGUGCAGUGCUGUGUAUUGUGUCACCAAUGUGCUCGUAUGUCCUUUUGUGUGUGCACAAGACAAACAAAACAAGCAGCAUUCAUAGAAAAGCUCUUCUAUAGUGCUCCACAGGUCACCUUUAAGAAAAGUGCUGUAGGCGCUGUCACUCACUAAGCAGACUGAGCAGCUCGGUUGUUUAACUGCAGCUGAGCUGAAAGGCUUUGUAGCGCAGAGGCUCUGAUGUCAGUGGAGUUUCCAUGCUGUUGAGUGUUUUCUUCUUUUUCAUUCUGCAGUCCAGAGAGAGCCUCCUGUUUUCUCUAUCAAAGUUCUGGAGUAUUAACUCAUGACCUUCUUCCUCAUCAGAGGGACUGGAUGUCUUGUAAUUAAUGACAUGUAUUGCAUACAUAACAUGAUCUAACCUUCCUUAUGUCUUAUUAAAGUAAUUUAAUGUCAGAAUGCUAUCACUAUUUUAGGAUCAACUGUGAUAUUGAGUGAUUAUAUUAAAGAAGUUGUAUUGCUCAUUUAAAUGUUCAACUUAAUGCUUUGAAAUACAAUUUGACUCCAUCAUUUAUUACAGUUGCAUUCACUGCUGUGAAGAUCUGUAGGAUUAGAAUCUCUGUAGUGAACACAGUCAGAAGGUUUCAGCCUGCUUCAGAUUAACUACGUCAUCCAAUAUGCCGUCCCACCAUAUCUGAACUCGAAGUGUGUCUCCUGUUCUGCUCAGUCACACUGGAAGGUGGGGGGAAAGCCUGCUGUUGUAGCUUCUAACUGGCUUACCUUUGCACACUUUGGUACAGUCUCUCCUCAAUCGUGUUACACUCAGUGGUCCAGAGAAGUGACAGAAGUAGUUGUGUGAAGUUCAAACCCUCUCCUCACCAAUCUGCCUGAAGUGGGCCUGAUUGUCAGAUGUAGUCCCCACUCUAUUCUGCUGCCAGGGGUGGGAAUUUACUCUGAUCCACUUUAAUACGGCAGACAAUAUUGACACAGUUUGGUGCCAACUUCCACAAAGAAGAAGAAGAAACAGCUCUUACUCUGAAUCGCUAAAUGAAAUAACAGCAACUUUGUCUGCUGCAAAAGAAAAUGUGACACAUUUGUACAAAUAAUUCCCUUGUGUGAUAUAGAUAGAAAAUAUAGAUGGAUUGUACACAGUUGUGUGACACCUGUACUAUAUUUAAUGUGACUCCUCU